CACGAUACAUGAUCCAAGAAACGGGGCACGCGCAAAUCAUCAGCAGACCUGAAGAGAGAGAACCGACCGUGAAGAUAGAUAGAAAUAGCCGUCUGCUACCUGUCCAGAACUAAGCUAUAUCAGUAUUUUAUAUCGGUACAGGGAAAUGAUAAACCAAUUCUUCUAACCAUUAAAAAUGUACAGGUUUUAUAAACUGCUCGCCACCGCCAUUCUAGGAUGUAGCUGUUAUCUAGAAGGCUCUAAGGCAGAGACAAUACUAGUUACAUCCAUUGAGAAUACACCUUACCUACAAGCACCACCAAGUAAAGAGAAUACCAGCAAUCCAUACACUGGUUUCAUCAAGGAUGUUUUGGAUGAAGUGGCGAAAUUUACAAAGUUUGAUUUUAAAAUUAGUCUGGUUGAUGACAAUACGUUUGGAGCCCAAAAUGAUGAUGGAUCGUUCACUGGGAUGAUUGGAGAGGUCAUGUUAGGGAAAGCCGAUGUCGCUGCUGCUGCUUUAACAGUGACGUCUACUCGACGAAGUGUUGUUGAAUUCUCUCCUACCAUUCAAAACUUCGGCCAUGUUAUUGUCAUGCGCAAACCAGAUGGCAUUCAGACGAACUAUUUAGAGCGGGUAUCUCGCCUUUUUUCUCCACUAGAACAGAGUGUCUGGUUGAUGUCGCUAGUUGCCUUCUUCAUCACGAGCACCAUUCUUUACGGUAUCGCCCAUAGUAACCCGUAUGAAUGGAGGAGGCUAGCUCACGACGGAGAGGCGACACUGAGAGAGGGAGAAACAUUUAAUUGCAUGAAUUCGUUCUGGUUCAUCAUCAGCUCGUGGGCAUUACAAGGAUUUGGUGCCAGGACCCCUCGCUCUAUGGGCGGUAGAACGGUUGUCAUUUUCUGGUGGAUAUUCGUAAUUAUAUUUGUUGCCACGUACAUUGCCAGUCUCACCAAUCUGUUAAGACACAGUCCUGAUGCGUCAGAUAUACAAGCAUCAUUUGGAGGGAUAAAGAGUCUGGAAGACCUCAAUAAGCAGGAUGAGGUCAUGUUUGGUAUGUUGAACGGUGGAUCAACCGAACAGUACUUUAAGGCGGCUAAUAUCCCUUACUUGAAAAAUAUUUGGCAAGCGGUAGACGAAAACCGAGACUUACUUGUGAAUUCUGUUCGUGACGGUAUUGCAAAAGUAAGGCUAUCCAGGUCCAGUGUCCCUUACGCCUUCAUCAUGGAGUCGGCCAUGGCAAAGUAUCACACAAGGAAGAAACCCUGUGACCUUUACUACGCGGGAGACUUAACAAUGACCGGUAAUUAUGCUUUUGCAUACCGACCAGGAUGGAAACACUCGAAAGCUUUUGACAUGGCCAUCAUGCGUCUUAGAGAAAACGGUGCUUUGCAGAUGUUGGAAGAGAGAUGGUUUAGUGGAACCUGUGAGGGGUCUUUCAUUGAUUCUAGUUCUAACGUAGGAGAUAAGUAUCAUGUACCUAGUUUCUUCAAGGUAGAUCUUGGAUCUUUUGGAGGUGCGUUGAUUAUUCUUAUUAUUGGUCUGGUUGCUGGCUGUCUUAUAACUGUAGUGGAAAUCUGUGUUUUCAAAAGGGCCGAAAGGCCAGAACGAGUUAAUCGUCCAGCAGAUGCCGAGCGGAACGACGCACUACAACCCGCAUUAUCGCCAACUGAUCAUAGUGUUACAAAGUUAUGAUAAGAUAUGUGUCUAUGUUUUAAAUUUGGGUUGGUGUAAAACGCCUUCUGUCAAGCCCACAGCAUUCCUAACAUGCACCUUUAUUCAUGACAAACUCUUGGGCUACGUUUGGGUUUUCAAGUCUGUUCAGUGGGUGUUUUAUACCAAUGGUAUACUGUUUGUUUGUUUGUUUUUUUACAUUAACAUUAUCACCGUCAUUAUUGAAAUCACUGCCGGAUUAAGCUAUGGGCUUGGCAGGCUGACGGCUAGGGUUUAAACACAUAGGGUUCCCAGGCCAAGGUCAGGCAGCGCUGGAUUAACCUUCCGAUUUGGCGGGCUGGAGCCUAGGGUUUCAACACCUAGGGUCCUCCGGACAAGGUCAGGCAGCGCUGGAUUUACCUACAGACUUGGCGGGCUGGAGCCUAGCGUUUCAACACCUAGGGUCUACCGGUCAAGUUCAGGCAGCGCUGGAUUAACCUACCGACUUGCCAUGUCGAAGCCUAGUGUCUCAAAUUUACAGGGCCUCCAGUCUUGGGUGUGUAAUAGUUUUGUCACUGCCAUAUGCCGGGGUCUUAAACGCCAGCUACCUCGACCGGCUUUAUUCAAUUUUGUUUAGUAUAGUAUUCGGCACCGAUUGAAAUAGUGAAACUAUUGUAUAGCACUCACAACAUAUCUUUUUUUCACUUUCUAGUAAAUGUACCGAUUUAGAAUCGUUAUCGUGAUCUAGUCAUCAGCACUGAUUAAUCAUAUAUUAACCAGCCCUAUAUUAGAGGGAUAGAACGAUGUAGAUUGAAACGGUUACGGGAUGAAACGACCUACUGCCAGAAUGAUACAUUGAUGCCAAGUCGGGCAGUUAGCAAUUCAUCAUAACUGACAAAUAUGUUAAAAAGUGCAACAUUUUGUAAAGCCACUAUUCAUCUUCUUCUGUUUUUUUCUUCUAGAUAAUAUUUUAUUAUAUAAUAACCAAUUUGUAAGUUUUCUAACGUCGGCGUCGGCGAUCUAUUUUCCUGCUUUCUAUGAUAACGGGAGAUAACCGGUGAUGGCCUGACCAUACCAUUCGAUAUUUAUUCAUUUUUCAGGCGCCUCGUGCGUGCCUUUUAUUUGAAUAUCAAUAAUAUUUUUUUGUUGUUUUUUUAAGAUAAUUGAUGUGUUUCUAUAUUUAUAAAAUCUGCUGGAGUGACACGGUGUUUUUAAUGUUACACCAGCACCAACUGGAUUAUAUUGUAUCACUACCGGAUCAUUGAUAUACUAACCUCUAACAGGGAUGUCAACAAGCAUUCUGCGUGCUUCAUUAUUACACAGUUUCCUCGUCAAAAAAUAAACACCGUCUCAGUUGUGUCUACAUGUUGAAAGCCAUCUUGUUUGAUAAAAAAAACAGAAACCAUUUCAGAAAUUCCUGUAAAUUCUGCUGAACAGCGGGAAAAUGAACAUUUCUGUUUAUUACUGCAAAGACAUCAUCAGGAUAUAUGAAGAGUACAGGGGAAGAACGAUCUAAGUCACAUUUUUGUCUUUCCGCAUAAAAGGCAAAACAUACUUUUGGACGAGAAUGCUUGACGCGACCAGAACAACGAGUGGGUUUAAUUACAACUUAAAAAUGAUGUUUAAUACGAAUCAUAAUUACCAGUACAACAACUGACUUCAACUUUUCAGCCAAUUUAAGGUCAAAUAAAGGGUACAAUAGAGGUAUUUGUCCUGGAGGCCAUUUCAAAAGGGCCUUGGUUCAAUGCGACUCGGAUCGUUUUUACCUGAAAUUGAUUGUUCCACAGAAAGCUUAUACAAUUCGCUACCAGAUGGCGCCAUUAACUGGGGUUCGUUGGAAAAGUGACUUAGAUCGUUCUUCCCCGGGGAUCUUCAUAUGAUUUUGAAAAAUGACUCUAUUUUGGUGCGUUACCAAAUCAUUUGUGUUUAAGUUUUGACGAGUUGUGUAACGUUUGAUUAUAUAACUGACUAAGUGUGAAUAUAUGUGUUUGUUUUUGAGAUAACUCAUUUUUUAAAUCUUUAAUAAAAUUCUGUUAGAAAAAUUUGA